AUGAAGCAGUGUGCCAGGAAUUUGCCUCUGCCACUUCUCACGCAGGCUGCGCAGGCAGGGACCAGCUUUGCUUGUUCACUAGGGGCCGGCGGCAAGACACCCAUAUCUAACAUUGAAGCCUCCGGCGACAAGCUCUUCGAGAGCUCACCCAGCGAAGAUCUGUGGCUGGUGAAUGGUGCAGUGCAGCCUGUUCUGACUGUGGCCUCAACGAAGUGGCAUCGCUUGCGCUUGGUCAUGGCCGGUGUUUCUGAUUGGCUCUUCUUAGACUUCGGAAGCUGCGAGAUUGCGUUGCUCGCCAAAGAUGGUAUUUACAUUGAUGACUUCCCGCGCUGGGUAUCUCGCGUGUCCCUGCCUCCCGGAGGACGUGCAGAUCUCGUCGCACGCUGCCCAGGUAGCGAGGAAGGUACCAAUCACACCAUAGCUUCCCUGGCCAGUCCUGGACAGGGGGCCAAGUCCUUUGUGGGGCCCUUGUUUUCCAUCCGAUCCGUCCGUACAGAGGGUCCCAAAGAGGACCUGGCACCAUGGCGACCUCCGAGCCGGCCGACGUACCUGCAGGACCUGCGUGGCGAUCUGACCACACCGGACUGUGCCUGCAAGACCCCCAUGGGGCAGGGAGUUCAUACGCGGUGGAUCGACGGCCACCUCUUCGAAGGCCCCAAGAAGUACCUGCAUCAGUGGCCUCGCGACGCCGUUGCCGAGCGCGAGCUUUCAGGGCUUGACAAACACAGCUUUCACCAACACACCUGGCCCUUCCAAUUGCAGAGCAAUCCGGCCGGCAAGGAUCCCUACUUCCAGGCAGGCGACUGGCAUGACACGUACCAAAACGUGCUCGAUUCUCAGGCGACGGUCCGCUUCAGCACCGUCGAUUUCGCUGGCCCGGAAGUGGUGCACUGCCAUGCGCUGGCGCACACGGAUCAGGGCAUGAUCGGCUCGGAGAUUGUCUCAGGUUGGGGGCGUGAAGCCUGCCAUUGCGACCUCCUCGGAGAGGCGAAGGCAGUCAGCCUAACGGCGGACGAGCGCAGCCAGAGUCUGCUCUUCGUGGCGAGCAUGCUCUUCAUGACGAUGUCUGGGUUGCUCGUGGGGAUGAUCCGACAGGUUGUCCGCUCUGCCCGGUCUGGGCUGGCAGAUGCAAGUUACAGCGCCCUCCCAGAGGGACCUGCGAGCGCAUGA